GUACAUUCAGAGAUAUAGAACGUCUUGAGAGACUCUAACGAUGAGGAAACUUCUUGUGAAUAUUCUUGUUUUUUGGGUUGGCAUGUGUUUAAGUCAGGACGAUAAAGAAACAAAAAGAUAUGAAGGAACAACCGAACCUUACAAAGUAAUGCUCAAACCAAAUCCAUUGGAACUGUUUGAGCCCUUCGAGCGUAUAAAUUUUGAGGAUUCCAAAAUCGUCUUAAAAACUGACGCUACUGUAAAAAUCUGUCACCACCCCAACUUUAAGUGCAUGUCUAAAUUAAAUAAUCCGGCUCCAGUGUGUGCUUACGCCAAACGUCAUGGGUUGUUCAAUUAUGAAGAUAUUUGCAAAAUACAUAUACAAAACUGCUUGGCUCAGCCAUUAAAUACUGGUUAUGUAUAUGGAGUUCCAACUGAACAUGAUAUAAUAUUCUACAAUGGCAAAGAGAAAGACUGUCACUAUUACUUCAAGCAAGCAAAGAAUAGUAAGGAUGCUAUCAGGUUGUACUACGAAGUUGCCCACGAAACUGUCAAUAAUGACCUGUAGGAUUUAAAACGAUUGAUUUAUCAAUUCUUGUUCAUUUAUUUAAAAAUUAUCAUCAAUUCUUGAAGAAUGCGUUUUGUUUAUUUGUAUUUUUGAAAAUCCUGAUAAAUAGGUUCUAAAAAGGUGUUUAAUAA